UGCGCGGGCGACUGCGAGUUUGAAGCUGCUGCUGGCUGCUCUUGUCUUCAGGAUGGCCGCGGAUAACAGUUUGCUCCUGGGUUUAGUGGAAGAAUUCGUGUCUGGACAGGUUGAUAGCAAGGCUACAGAAACCGCUUCAGGUGUCAAGACUGGACAAUUCACAAUUCUCCAGCUGGUUGAAGCAUUGGGGUUGAGUCUGACUAGCUCUCAGCCUCAUACGCGUGGCAGAGGAGUUCAGCUCCUGUCUCAAGUCCUGCAGGAAUGCUACAGCUGCCUAUCUGAGAGGGAGGUGGAGGUCCUGAUAGCUUUCUAUGAAAACAGACUGAAGGAUCACUAUGUGAUCACUCCACAUGUUCUCCAGGGACUCAAGGCUUUGACGAAAUGCUCAGUUCUGCCUCCUGGUUCAGCUGUGUCCAUUUUGAGAUCCAUCUUUCAGGAUGUUCAUGUUCAGUCCUUGAUGCUGGCGGAGCGAUCAUGUGUUUACAACAUCCUCAUCAGCCUUAUGGAGUCCAGAGAGGAAGAGCUCAAAGGUUUGGGUGCAGACUUUACAUUUGGAUUUGUGCAGUCAGUAGAUGGAGAACGAGAUCCUCGUAACCUCCUGCUGGCGUUCCAGGUGGCCAGGAACAUCAUUCACAGGGGAUACGAUCUCGGUAAAUUUGUAGAGGAACUCUUUGAAGUGACGUCCUGUUAUUUUCCCAUAGACUUUAGCCCUCCACCCAAUGAUCCUCAUGGGAUCACACAGGAAGAUCUUAUUCUUUCUCUACGAAAUGUUCUUACUGGGACGUCUCGGUUUGCUGAGUUUCUGUUACCAUUGAUCAUUGAGAAGCUGGACUCAGAUGUUCAGAGUGCCAAAGUGGACUCCCUGCUGACACUGGCCGCCUGUGGUCUGACAUACAGCCAUAAAGAGCUGGCAGAAUUCCUCCCGGGCCUUUGGAGCUCGAUACGGAGAGAGGUGUUCCAGACGGCCAGUGAGAGGGUGGAAUCAGCCGGUCUGUCGGCUCUCGGGGCGCUGACGUCCAGUCUGUCCCGUUCUGUGCUCAGUUCAGACUCUGAGGAUUCCCUGCAGGUGUUUCUAAACCUCGUCCUCAAAGACUGUCAGCACCAUCUCUGCGAGCCAGACCUGAAGCUGGUGUGGCCCAGUACCAAACUCCUGCAGGCCGCCGCCGGAGCCUCAUACAGAGCGAGUCUGAUAGUGUCGGCUACGGUCAUACCGGCCCUCCUGGAGCAGUAUAAUAACAGGACACAGUGUGCUCAGCGGCGCACCCUGCUGGAGGUUCUGCAGGGUUUCGUUCAGCCCACCCCGCUCAGCCGGCCUGCAGAUGGAGUGGAGAGUGUGUUGGUUGCGUUUCAGCAGUCUUUGUGCAGCGUGGUGUUUUCUGCGCUGGCGGAGUCUAGUGCUGGUCUACAGGUUACAGCCACACGUGUGCUUACUGCACUGGGACAGCAGCCCUGCUUGUUGGCUCAGGCAGAUGUUGAGAAAGCUGUUGAUCAUUUGACCAGACUCAUUCUGGAGGAAGAAGAUACUCAAGUGAGUUCGGCUGUAGUGGAGUGUUCAGGCUCUCUGGCUCAUCUGCAUCCCAAAGCCUUCAUCUCCAGGAUGAUUCCUCGACUCAAGGAAGAGAUCUUAUCAGGUGAGACCCAGUGCACGCGCGCGCACACACACCACACACACUGCAGUUUAACAGAUAAUCUGGGACUACUUUCCUCUACAGAGUCUAACGCAGCUGUCCGCCUGCGGUGUGUGACGGCGGUAGCGUCUGUGUCGUCUCAGCUCAGUGUUGUGCAGGAAAGCACCCCCGUCCUGCUACAGGUGCUGGCUUCAGCACACACAGGUAGCUGCAGUUUCUCCGUGGAGGAAGUGAGCGCUGUAUGCAUCAGUUUGCAGCGGAUAGCAGCGCACGCACGCGACACUGAGGAGAUCGGACGAUUCUUUCAUAGCAACAUCAUUCCACGACUUCUAGGACUGGCCUUACAGGCAGCGCUGCAGAGUAGAGACUCAGGUCACAGUAGUCCACUCACAGAUGAAGCCGUUCUUUCUGCUUUAGUUCCGGUCAUCAGCACAGCCUGUGCUGCGUUACAAUCAGAAUCAGCGUCCCGCAUGGCGGCCCAGGCUGUUUCUCUGUUCCUGGAUGGAGAUGUGUCCUUUCUGCCAGAGAAUGCCUUCCCUUCCCAAAUCCAGUUGCUCCAGAGCCAGGCAGAGUGUCGAGGUCCGUCUCAGUUGGUGUGUCUGCUGAUGGCCUGUGUUUGCUCUCUUCCACGCAGCGUGGAUGUCCCUGAGAUCGACAGGCUUCUGGUCCAGUUGGAAGAUCUGAUCUGUACGUGUUCACACCUGUUCUGCUACACGUUUGCAGCGAAAUGCUUCGCUGGAUUGGUCAACAAGAGGCCGGCAGGUGAAGCUCUUGACGCAGUGCUGGAGAGAGUGUUGAAGAGGAUCAAUGUAGAGCUGGAGAACGGUUCCUCUUCCCAGCGAACACAAGCCUUCACACUGCUUCUCUGGGUGGCCAAAGCUCUCCUGUUACGGUACCAUCCGCUAUCAACAGCCCUCACUGACAAGCUCUUUGCUCUGUUGAGUGACCCGGAGUUAGGAUCUCAGGCGGCCGAUGGCUUCUGCGUCCUCAUGAGCGACUCGCCAGAUGUGCUCAACCGCAGCUGCCACGCCGACGUGCGCAUCAUGUACAGACAACGCUUUUUUGCUGAAAACUCAAGCAAACUUGUUGAAGGCUUCAACUCAGCAGAGCAGGAGAAGAAGUCUUGUUAUUUGAAAGCCCUGUCACACAUCGUGAACAACCUUCCCCGAGAGGUGCAGCUCACAGAGCUUCCUGCGCUGCUGCCGCUCCUGCUGGAAGCGCUGUCGUGUCCCGAUCGAGAGGUCCAGUUCUCCACCCUGUCCUGCAUGCAGCCGGUGCUGCUGGAGCCCCCGGAGGCCCUCCGGAACCAGCUGGAGGCGCUGUUCUCACGCAUGCUGGCCCUCACCACCAGCCCUGACAUGAAAGUGAGAAUUGCAUCUAUCCGCUGCGUUCAUGCUCUCUCUCGCCUGCCUGAACAUGUGAUCCUGCCGUUCCGUGCCAGAGUGCUGAAAGCUCUCGCUGUGUGUCUGGAUGACAGAAAGAGGCUGGUGAGGAACGAGGCUGUGGCGGCUCGAGGGCAAUGGUUUUUGUUAGGAAGCCCCGGGGGAAAAUAAGCAGAUGAAUGCGCCUCAGAUCACCGCUCACAGCCUUUGAUUUUACUUCCUUAUCCCCUUUUUUAUGAUGUGGCAUGAGGUUGUCAUACCUGGCCACAACAAUGGCUGAACAAACUGUCGGCAGCCGAGAAGUGCUUGAACACGAACCCCAAUGAUGCUCUUUUCAGCUGGACCUUCAACAGCGGACGCUGAAUCAAGAUGGCAAGAGUAAAUCACACACACACACAAGCCACAGCGCAUCGUGUGCUAUUAUCAUUUCUUCAAUCACGUCGUGUCCAUAUUAUAGGAAUGUUAGAUGCAGGAUCUUUGAAUGUGCUGUUGAUACGACUGUCCUGAUGUCAGUAUUUUUAAACUGAUGUUUCAUUAGCCACACGCUGGGUUGUUGUUCAUUUUCUCAAGACUGACAAAACCGAUGCCAAGAAUAUAAACAAUAUUUAAAUGUCAAAUAACCUGUCAAUAAAACUUUUUGUAAAUGUGUA